AUGCAGCGCUUACGACCCCAGCGCCUGGCCGCGGCGGUGCGGCGCAAGGCCACGCAGAGCGGCACCUGGCUCGAGGGUGAGCUCAAGUUGGACACCAACAUCGUUCAUGCAGCAGUGACGCCUGAGCCCAGGAGUGGUGCCAUCCUCACCCCUCUCUUCCUGUCCACCACGUUCAUCCAGGAGUCCGUGGAGAAGUACCUGGAGAAGGGCUACAGCUACUCCCGCACCAACAACCCUACGGUCACGGCCCUGGAAGAGAAGCUGGCCAAGGUGGAGAACGGGUUUGGCGCCUCCUGCUUUGGCACUGGCAUGGCCGCCACGACGAGCGCCAUCUCGGCGACCAUGCAGGCGGGUGAUCAUUGUGUCAUCUCGGACUGCUCCUAUGGAGGAACCAACAGGUCUUGCAGAGAGUUCUUCACGCCCCUGAACAUGGAGUUCGACUUCGUUGACUUCCGGGACCCGGAGAAUGUCAAGAAGGCCAUGAAGCCCAACACGAAGCUGGUGUUCAGCGAGACGCCGGCCAACCCAGUUUUGUCCCUCACCGACAUCGAGGCUGUUUCAAAGAUCGCCCACGAGGCCGGUGCCAAGCACGUAGUGGAUGCCACUUUCGCCACGCCGGUCAUCUGCCGGCCACUCGACUGGGGAGCAGACAUGGUGAUUCAGAGCCUCACAAAGUACUACGAGGGUCACAACAUGAUGACCGGAGGUGCUGUGAUCAGCAAGGAUCAGGCCAUGCACGAGAAGGUCAAGUGGGUGCAGAACGUCCACGGCAACAUCAUCAACCCCUUCGCGGCAUACAUCAUCCUCCAGACCAGCAAGACCAUGCAUCUGCGGAUGAGGAAGCAGAGUGAGAAUGCCAUGGCCAUCGCCCAGUUCUUGGAGAAGCACCCAAAGGUGACGAAAGUGGUGUAUCCUGGGCUGGCCUCUCACCCGCAGAAGGACUUGGCAGACAAGUACCACCGCGACGGCCUUCACGGCGGCAUGCUGUGGUUUGACAUCGUCGGUGGCUCCGCGGCGGGCACGAAACUCAUGAACGUUUGCCAGCGCCCAUGGAGCUUGUGCGAAAACCUGGGUGCCACUGAGAGCAUCAUCACAGCGUGUGCCGUCAUGACCCACGCCAACAUGCUGAAGGAGGAGCCUUUGCCAGAGUAA